CAAUUAAUCCAGAGGGAUGUCAAAUGCGUUAAUAGGCUUCAGUGGGCAUAAGAGUUGAUGAGCCCAACUCAAAUGCGGUUACGGACUGCAACACACCUGUCAUGAAUUACCUCAGCCAAUCAAACGGACCCUUCCCGAGAUGACAGUGCUCCUAAGGGCAAGGGGGCCCCAGGACCGAGAUGAGGACCUGGCCUAUAUGCUAGCAUGCAAGUCACAAUUGCCUACAGACCAGUUGACGGAGAACCCAGCCCAGCUUUUCACUGUCCGCGAGUCCGUUCCUGCGUGUGUGUUCGCACGUGCAGCUAUGGAUGAAAUGAUAAUGGACGAUGAAGACGACUGCCCAGAACUGGUGCCCAUCGAAACAAAACAGGAUAUCUCGGCAGAACAAAUUCCGGUCACCAUAAUCACUGGCUAUUUAGGUGCUGGGAAGACGACCCUUUUGAAUUAUAUAUUAACCGAACAGCAUAAUAAGAGAAUUGCUGUCAUUCUAAACGAAUUUGGGGAAGGGAGCGCUGUGGAGAAGUCCCUGGCUGUCAGCCAAGCAGGAGAGCUGUAUGAAGAGUGGCUCGAACUGAGGAAUGGCUGCCUUUGCUGCUCUGUCAAGGAUAAUGGACUGAAAGCCAUAGAAAACCUGAUGGAGAAAAAGGGCAAAUUCGACUACAUCCUGCUGGAGACGACAGGCCUUGCAGACCCAGGAGCUGUUGCCUCCAUGUUCUGGGUUGAUGCAGAGCUCGGAAGUGAGAUAUAUCUGGAUGGGAUCGUCACCGUCGUCGACGCGAAGUAUGGGUUGCAGCAACUGGCUGAGCAGAAGCCGGAGGGUUUGGUGAACGAAGCAGCCAGGCAGGUUGCUGUGGCCGACCUGACGAUCGUCAACAAGACUGACCUGGUGAACGAGGAGGAGCUGAAUGCCCUCAGAGAGACCUUGCGGUCCAUAAACGGGCUUGUGAAAAUUCUAGAAACGCAGAAGUCAAGAGUUGACUUAUCCCAAGUGUUAGAUCUGCAUUCCUUUGAUAGCAAAGACACCUCAAGUUUAAAGGAAAAACUGCAGUUUGUGAAAACGACACGGCCACAUCUAGACAAGAGCAUUCUUACGGUGACGUUUGAAGUCCCUGGAACUGUUUCUGAGGAUGUUUUAAACACCUACAUUCAGAACCUUCUAUGGGAGAAAGCCUUCAAAAACAAAGCUGGACUGCCCAUGCAUGUCAUUCGGUUAAAGGGCAUCGUGUCGUUGCGGGACAAGGCCCAUCAGGUGAUCCUGCAGGGGGUACAGGAGCUGUACGAAUUAGAGGAGACCCCCCAGCUCUGGGACGAGGCGGAGCCUAGGAUCAACCGCCUGGUGUUUAUAGGUAGAAACCUGGAGCAGGAGGUUCUGCAGGAUCACUUCAUAUCCCAGGUUGUGAAUGAAGAGGCCAGGCAGCUGUAGUAGGGAGUCUUCCCCUUCCUCUUAUCGUCAUGGCAACCUCCACGGCAACGGUACGCCGCAGGGACCCUGAACCCCAUCCCACCACUGGCAGGGCCGGUCUCGUGAUCGACGCUGUUACAACUGACCAGUGUGUCCAGCUGUUUAACUGCGUAUUGGGCACAGAGACUUAACAACAACAGACCAGUAUAUCUGAGUUUUAGUCAUAGACACUGUAACAACUGGCCAGUAUAGCUGUUUAACAGGGUAUCAGAACAGGGCCAAACAAACUUUAGCUCUUUAGACGAACAGUAAUAUUUAAAAAUAUUUCUGGGAAUCCCAAAAAAAAAAUUUCAGCUGAACACAAACAAUUUAUUCCCCAAAACAUGUAAUUCUAUGAAGGAAGAAUGUUUGUUUUGAAUAUUAGUGAAAAUGGAUGGUUAAUCUCAAAACUAUUGGUAACCUGCAAUAAUUUCAUAUAUUUAUUGCUCCAAACACGAAUGGAGCUGGUGUCAUAAUAUUUACCCAGAAUCCCUCUCUUCUUUAAGAUGAAUUGGCUGGAGAAGUUUAUCAUUUGUUAACAGCUGCAUUAAAACUGGAUUAACACAGUUCAACUGCCAUAAAAUUAAAUUUUUUCAGUCUUUUAUAUUUGGAAAAAUUCUAAAGGAAUAUAUUCCUCUUGCAUUUGUUUACUGCGCUGCUGUGAAAUCAGUCGUUCAUUUUAAGGGGCAAAGUGACGUGAAUUGAAAUGCAUUAAAUAUAUUUGUGCUUAAGUUAAAUAAAAUAAAAACUGAUGUAAUUUUCAAAUUGACACUUUUUUUGACAAAUAAAUGAAAUGUUUCCCUUG